AUGUGCAACUACACACAUACGUUCCUCUUCUCCUCCCUCACACUCUCCACUGUAUUGGCGCUGCGGGCAGUAGUCUCUGUCUGGUUCCGCGCAGGCAUGUCUGGCCCGGCUGACGGGCCCGCAGAUGUGCAGCUGCAGCAGGAGCUUAACGGGGCCAAGCGUCUCGCGGAGUUUCGCCUGCAGAAAGUCAUAGAGCUACAGGACGAAGUGGUGAGGUUGCGCCGUCUCCUCCUUACGGUGCGUGGCGGCAGCGAGGCCCUGCAACGCGCCAAAUCCAUACAGUCACGCGGCGCAUCAACCGCGAUGGCUACCGCGAAAUCAAGACCAGAAGCAGCUGUGGUGGAAGUAGCUGAGGAAGAGGGAUGUGCGGCAGCAGCAGCAGAGGUACCUCUAAAGAGAGCCUUCUCCAAGAGGCCCAAGCUGAUGCGGCACUCAGGCAGCGGCAGGUUGUCGUCAGUGACAUCACCUCCCGGUUCUGCUGCUGCUGCUGCUGGUGGUGGUGGUGGUGGUGGCAGUAGUCGUAGUAGUAUUGGUGGUGGGUGUGCAGGACGUCGUUUGGCGUCGCCGAAGCCGCGGGCACCCUCGUUUUCGGGGUCGGCGCACAGUGUGAGUGACGGCCGGUGCGACGCCGCCUUCCAGAGGCUCUCCGUCGGCCCGCAGCGUGGUGCCGCCCGCCCCGCGUCACAGCAGAGCG